CAUGUUUCCUAUUUUGGCGCUAUAGGGCGACCGGGCGAACGCAACUCAACACAAGUAUUAUAUGUAGCAUCCCAACUAAGUCAUAUUCAAGCAUUCAUUCUCAUCCCUCUAUACACAUAAAUCUACAAAUUGAACAGAGUCAGCAUCCGAAGAGAGCAUGGCAUCGUCGCAAGAUACUACAAAUCCGGAAACUUCAAAUUCACUAGAUCAACAGGUCUCCCUUUUUGCUGACCGCUUAUUCCUUCGUCUGAAAUGGCAAUUCUUUCAACCUCUUUCUAAUAUUCAAGUCCUUGACUUCGACGAUGCCGAGGAACCACACUGGACACCCCUUUUCGGCAAUGCGCCCGGACAGCAGCACGUCAUCGCAUCGGAACCCGUGACGGAUCCGCAUCGUGCCCGCCUCGCCGUUGUCCUAGAUCCUGUCGAAUCCUGGGAAUACUGGCAAGAUGCUGAACUUCAAAAUGAGAAACCAGUGCCCCUGAUCCUUGAAGGCAGGGAUGGCGGGGUCAUAACUCUUGGCCAAUUCGUCACUGAAGUUCACACAUAUGUGGCAGGGCUGCGUGAUCUUCUACAGGAGGCACUUGCAGCAGAUCCAGAUGGUAAUGUCGAGUAUUAUUUCGCCGGUUGCAUGGGACCUACAAGAAACAAGGCCGCGGCUCAGGAGGAGCCUAGACUCUCUGUGUUUCUAGUAGAUAGUGAGAUGGAAGACCUAGAUGAAUGGUGGGAAAACGUUAUCGGCUGGGUUCGCAAUGGGCAAACGCCAGGAACACAAUAAUCAGCAUUACGUUCCCUCGAAUUACAAAGCCUCAUGGAUGCAUGCAUCAAUCUAUGGAUGUCGAAUUUCUUAGUAUCAUGUUUUAUGAGCACUAUGGCGAUCAAGACUGAUCCGAACAGCCGCUAUUCGCAGCUCCUGGGUCUAAGUGGACGGGCCAGAAAUAUAAUAUACUCCGGCUCUUAACUCCUGUUAUAAUGUCCAUAUAUAUUAGUAAAUCGACAGGAUUAACGCAAAGUGGGGAUCCCCAUGAACAUUCCGAAGACGUAUAAUCAAGUAUUCUCUUCACAUCGGAAACAUCCU